AUGAAGGCUUCUUGUCUCAUCCUUGCCGGCACUUUCACUUGCCACGCCGUCGCAGAUGGUGGUUACGCGAAAAAUUGUCAAAAUAUGAUGCUUGUCGACCUGGAUAAUUCUCACGUUGGCCUGAAGGCAUCUUGCAAAGCUGGAAAUAAAGAUCAAUGUUCAAUCCUUAAUCUAUGGCAAUGCUAUGGAACUGACAAUAAUGGCGCCCUGAAACCUCAAGAGAGGGGUGCCGCCCCUAGAUGCCGAUCAUGUAAACUCAACGGCACAGUUUUACAAUGUGAUUGCCGCGACCGUUCACAGGGGCGCUACCACAUCAGCUCUGUAGAUACGAACAAUCUUAUUGUCAACGACAACGGAGUCCUCAAAUGUUUCGGCAAUAAAGCUAUCACGCCUGAUGACUGCGCCUCAAAACGAUCGAGUGGAUAUGGUAGUAACCUCUCUCUUGUUACUCUAGGAUAUGCCCUAUCCUUCUGCGGUCUGGCCCUUAUAUGGGUUUGAGUUUAUUUUUA